CUUUCGCAGCUCUCGACGCGCCUACUCGCCCACCUCCAGCUCGCCUUGAGCGCACCAGAGCAGUACACCGCCAGCAUGUUCGGCCCCACCCUCACGUCGGCCGUGCAGAAGGCGCGCGAGUCUGCCGAGGGCACGCGCGACGAGCUCUCGAACGAGCUGCACGCCGCCGAGCGCAUGCGCCACGAGGCCGACGAGCUCGACGCCGAGCAGGCCGAGGAGAUCAUCGAGGACGAGUACCGGCCGCUCAUGGGCGACGAGAACGCAGGAGCCGAGCGCAACGGCGGGUCGGAGAGCGAGGGCGAGCGAACAGGGCAGAGCGGCGGCAAGGCCAAGCAGAGGCGGCGGUGGGACGAGGGCGGCGACGGCGAGGUCAAGGUCCGCAAGCUCGAGGUCUGGCUCGCCCAGGGCAUCUUCUUCAUUCUCGGCGCGUGCAUCCUCCUCAGCUGGAACACGACCAUAGUUGCCGGCUCGUACUACGGCGCACGACUCGCCGACUCGCCGUUCGAGGCGAGCUUUGCGUCCUUCAAUGCGUUGACGUUCACGACGGCCAACCUCGUCUUCCUCGCGCACGCCAACGCGACCCAGGGCAAGGCGGACCUGUCGCGGCGUAUCAGCUGGAGCAUCCUCGUCCUCGCGGCCAACCUCGUCCUCUUCAUCAUCUCGACGGUCGUCAAGGAGAUCCCGCCCGCCCUCUUCUUCGCGUUCCUCAUCAUCUCGUCGAUCAUCCUCGCGGCCUCGGCGUCGUACCUCCAGAACGCGGUUGUCGCCCUUUCGGCGAGCUUCGGCCCGUCCUACCUGAACCAGAUCUUGUCGGGCCAGGGUGCCAUCGGGUUCGCCGUCGCCAUGAUCCAGUUCGUCGCCGCGUACGGAGCCGUCAAGAGCGCGCCGAGAGAGCCAGGCCAAGGGUUCGUCCUCGACAACUCGACCUUCUCGUACGCCGUCCUCGAGGACUCGUCCCUCGUCUCGACCAUGGCCGCUCCGCCCGCCACGAUCCGCCAGUCAGCCUUCACCUUUUUCCUCACGGUCGGCAUCUUCGCGUUCGCGUCCUUCAUCUGCUACAUCAUCCUCAUCCGCCUCCCUCUCUAUCACCUCGUCCUGCGCGCCUCGUUCGACUCGGACGCCGCGCCCAAGAAGCCCGACGGCGCGUCGUCGGGCAACUCGAGCGUAUCUCUGCGCGUCGUCGAGCGCAAAGUGCGGCACCUCGGGGUCGCCAUGUUCCUCGUGUUCGGCAUCACGCUCGCCGUCUUCCCCUCGAUCACGUCGACCAUCGUCUCGGUGCGCAGCGGCGACCCGGACGCGCGCAUCCUGCAGCGGCCUGAGCUGUUCGUCCCACUCGGGUUCGCCGUCUUUGCCGGCGGCGACUGGCUCGGCCGCGUCCUGCCGCAGUGGGAGAAGCUCGCGUGGACCAACUGGAAGAUCCUUAUGGGCUGCAGCAUUGCGAGGGUCGUCUUUGUGCCGCUCUUCCUCAUGUGCAACCAGACAGCCGGCGGCGAGGGCCGCGCCAUCAUCCGCUCCGACCUCGCCUUUUUCGCCAUCAUGCUCGCCUUCUCGCUCUCUAACGGGUACCUUUCGACCCUCAUCAUGCUGGCGAGCGUCGUCGAGCCUUCUCUCGAGCCCGACGAGGUCGAGGUCGCUGCGACCUGCCUCGCCUUCUACCUCACCUCGGGCCUCGCCGUCGGCUCUUUCCUCUCGUUCGGCCGGCGCUACCAGCUCGAGCAGCGACAGCGGCAGCAGCAGCCGCAGCAACCGGCGGCGGCGAGGGCGCAGGCGGUCGCGGCGGGACUCGUCCUCUUCUACGGUCCUUCCGCCGGCAUCUCGCCCUUGUCUUGCAUGCUCCUCUCCAUCAUCAUCGCGGUCGCCGGCGGCUUCGUCAUCUUCAUCGUCGAGCGGGUCCAGGGCAAAGCGGCAGCAGGCUCGAGCGCAUCGACUGAGCGAGACUCGACUUCUUCAGCUCGUACGACUAGCCCUUCAGGGCCCGGCGCCGGCACGGCAUCUGCCGACACGUCUCUUCCAGCCGCAAUCUCGCUUCCGGCCGACUUCCUCGUCUCCCUCGCCUCCUCCUUCACCAUGACGCCCGCCGCCGUCUCUUCCCUCCCUAUGCCGACAUCGGCGCUCCCCUCCUCCUCGGCCGCCAACGCCUACAUCGCCGACUCGUGGUCGCUCGUCAAAGGGUCCGGCCCGCUCUCGUUCGUCGAGGACCCGCUCGAGGGCGGCAGCCAGGUCGUCCUCACGGUGGACUACCCCAAGGGGAGCUAUAGCGGCGCAAAGGACAUCCCGGCGGGCGUGGGCAACAUGCAGAUGGCGGUCUUUGGCGAGGGGAAGCAGCGAGCCAUGGUCAGCUACGAGGUCGGCUUCUCGGACGGGUUCGACUUCGUCCUUGGCGGCAAGUUGCCCGGGCUGUUCGGCGGCGACCGCGGCUCGGGCUGUACGGGCGGGAAGGGCAGCGAGGCAUGCUUCUCGACGCGGUUCUACGCCUACAUCCCGACCUAUGACGGGCAAUGCGGCACCAAGAGCGACACGUCGAGCUAUCAGUGCCACGGCAACGACGGCGUGAGCAUCAAUCGAGGCAGCUUCGUCUUCGGGGCGGGCAAGUGGAACUCGAUCACGCAAGUCACGAUCCUCAACUCGGAGCCAGGGUCAAGCGGGCCGGCCAACGGCGUCCUGGCUGUAUACGUCGGCGAGGAGCGGGCGAUGUACCUCGAGGACGUCGUCUUUCGGACGAACGCCUCGGUCCUCCUCAACGCGUUCAUCUUUUCGACCUUCUUCGGCGGCAGCACCGAGAACUAUGCAGCGUCGGCCGACUGCUCGACGUACUACCGCAACAUCCAGUUCUUCGACGGCGACGACUCGAGCGAUGCGCAGGGAGCGACAGUGCAAGCGACGGUGGACGCUGAGUGA